GGAGGAGGGGAAGCGGGAGCGGGAGGGGGGUGGGGGGGGGUGGCGGCGUGCGCCGCGAUCGUUGGGCGGGCUGAGGGAGAGCGGCGCGGCCGCCAUUAGCCGCGCUGUGAUGGAGGACGAGGAGUGCCCGGCCCUGGUGCCCAUCGCCGCCGGCGGCUCGGAGGGGCCCGACCCCGGCAGGAGGAUCCCCGUGACGAUCAUCACGGGCUACCUGGGUGCUGGGAAAACAACUCUUCUAAAUUACAUACUGACAGAACAACAUAGUAAAAAAAUCGCAGUGAUACUCAAUGAGUUUGGAGAAGGAAGCGCAUUGGAGAAAUCCCUGGCGAUCAGUCAAGGGGGAGAACUCUAUGAAGAAUGGCUGGAGCUCAGAAAUGGCUGCCUGUGCUGUUCAGUAAAGGACAAUGGUGUGAAGGCUAUUGAGAACCUCAUGCAAAGGAGAGGAAAAUUCGACUAUAUAUUGUUAGAAACAACUGGUUUGGCAGAUCCAGGAGCUGUGGCCUCCAUGUUCUGGGUUGAUUCUGAGCUGGGAAGUGACAUUUAUCUUGACGGCAUUAUAUCUGUCGUUGAUGCAAAGCAUGGAUUGCAGCACUUGACAGAGGAGAAACCAGAAGGCCUUGUCAAUGAAGCAUCUCGGCAGGUUGCUUUAGCUGAUCUUAUAAUCAUCAAUAAAACAGAUUUGGUUUCAGGGGAAGAAUUGAAUAAAGUCAGAACAUCUGUCAGGUCAGUAAAUGGAUUUGCUAAAAUUCUAGAGACGCAAAGAUCAAGAGUUGAUCUCUCCAAUGUGUUGGACCUGCAUGCUUUUGACAGUCUAUCUGGAAUAAGUUUGCAGAAAAAACUUGAGCAUGUGAAGACAACACAAGCGCAUUUAGAUAAGGGUAUAAUGACAGUAACAUUUGAAGUUCUAGGAGAUAUAAAAGAGGAAAACCUGAAUCUCUUUAUACAGAAUCUUCUGUGGGAGAAGAAUGUGAAAGAUAAGACUGGACAUGCCAUGGAUGUUAUAAGACUGAAGGGACUGGUAUCUAUUCAAGGCAAAUCUCAUCAAGUGAUAGUCCAAGGUGUCCACGAGCUCUACGAUCUGGAGGAGACUGCAGUAGAAUGGAAGGAAGAUGAAAAGAGAACAAAUAGACUGGUUUUAAUAGGUAGGCACUUGGAUAAGGAGAUCAUCAAAGAAGUAUUCAUAGCCACUGUGACAGAGAAACAUGGAAACAGUUGACAUCAGACUACAAAAACAAGUUGAAAAGUCUCUGCUUAACCUUGCGAGCCUUUUAUAAUAAAAAAGACUGAAUGACAUGCAGUGUAGUUGUUUCGUUUUCAUUUUGCAGUUUACAGAACAGUUAAACUCUGAAGUUCUCCUGAGAAAUCCAGCUCACCUACUGCUUAAAGAUUAGCUGUUAUGGUCUAGAAUCAAACACAAAGAAUUCUAGCAUUUUGGAUUUGGCUUAAGUUACAUCACUAACAUCAUUUAGAUUGCAGAAAUACAGAUAUGCAAAAGCCUUUAUUAUGCCGUAUGUGAAAAGAAGCCAUAAAUUCCAAUAGGCAUGUAGUAAACUUGUUUCAAACCUGGUCCUUUCUCCUGCUAAUUCUCUUUUAGUACUGGAAAUUAAGUAGUAUUGAUUUUUACCAGCCAUGUAAUUACAGUAAAAAGUAUUUAAUGUUUACUAUUAAACUCUCUUGUAUAACUUUC